AUGUCCAGAAUAGGUGAAACCAACAUUAUUCAGUCAUGUACUAACAGUGCCUGCUCAGAGGAAAAACGACCACUGGCAGGAGUAGAACAUGCAACCAUGUACACACUCACCCACCAGCAAGCUACCCAAGAUGUACCAAUGGCAGGUGUCUAUUGUGACAGGUCAAAAGAAGUUGAAUGGCAGUCUUAUUUUACAACACGGUUAGUGGAUGAUUUUGCCACGCAUCUUCGUGUAUUCAGAAAAGCUCAACAAAGGAUAUCUGACAGGGAAGAGCAGAAUCAAACAAAAGAGUCAGCAAAAGAGUUAGUAGAGGAGUUUUUUGAAGUUGAAGCAGAAAUGGAGAAGGAAGUUUGUCGUGAUGUAAUCUGCACUUCUACAAAGGAUGAAGAAGGAUUUUUAAGGGAUCUGUGUGAGGUUCUGCUGUAUUUAUUGCUACCUUCUGGAGACUUCCACAGCAAAAACAUGCGAUAUUUUGUUAGGGAAAUACUUUCACGGGGAAUUCUCCUUCCAUUAAUAAACCAGCUUAGUGAUCCAGACUACAUUAAUCAAUAUAUUAUAUGGAUGAUCCGUGAGUUUAAUUGUAAUUAUGAAGCUUUUAUGAAUAUAAUUAAAUUAAGUGACCGGGUAGAAGAGCUAGAAGCUGUGAAGGAUAAAGCAGUUGAAGAAUUGCAUUAUCUACGAUCUUUAGAUACAUCUGGGAAUGAUGAAAGGGUGAGACUUUUUUUGGGAAUAGUAGUAGUAAUGGAUGAUGGAGAGGUGGAAGAGAGCACAGAGGUGGUAGUGGUACUGAAAGAAAUUGAUACUGUGAAGCUAGCUGCAAACUUCGGAAAACUUUGCACAGUUCCACUGGACCACAUACUUACAGAUAAUGUUGCACUACACUUUUUUAUGGAUUACAUGCAGCAGACUGGGGGUCAAGCAUACCUUUUCUUCUGGCUAACGGUGGAAGGGUAUCGUGUCACAGCUCAGCAGCAGUUGGAGGUAUUGUACAGCAGGCAGAAGGAUGGAAGAUAUUCGUCAAAUCAAACCAAAGGACUGCUGAAAGCUGCUGCAGUUGGAGUUUUUGAGCAGUAUUUAUCAGAGAAGGCAUCUCCGCGUGUUUCUGUUGAGGACUACUUGGUAGAAAGCUUGGAAGAGAAGCUGAAUCAUGAAGACCCUACUCCUGAAGUCUUUGAUGAUGUUCAGAGAAAGGUAUAUGAAAUAAUGCUGCGAGUUGAGAAGUUUUACCCUUCAUUCAAGCAGCACCAUCUUUAUGUGCAGAUGCUAGCAGAACUCGACAUGUUAAAAGAUCCUAGUUUCAGAGGUUCAGAUGAUGGAGAAAGUGAAUCAUUUAAUGGUUCUCCAACAGGAAGCAUAAAUUCUGUAAUAAACAUUUUAAGUGGUGCAACAGCCGAGGAGUCUGUUUACCUGAAGGCCUUUGUCAGAGAGACUGUCCAUGCUGACUGUGACCCAUAUGCUGUGGCAGGGGUUUGCAAUGAUCACGGGAAGACGUAUGCUUUGUAUGCCAUCACAGUUUGCCGAAAAAGUCCAGACGGCAGUGAAGACAUGUGGAAAACAUAUCGACGCUAUAGUGACUUCCAUGAUUUUCACAUGAGAAUCAUUGAGCAGUUCGAAAAUCUUUCAACUUUAUUAAAGCUUCCUGGGAAGAAGACCUUCAAUAAUAUGGACAAGGAGUUCCUUGAAAAAAGAAAAAAAGAUCUGAAUGCUUAUUUGCAGUUGUUGUUGAAUCCAGAGAUGUUGCGUGCCUGCCCAGCUUUAGCUCAUUAUCUGUAUGAUUUUCUGGAGAAUAAAGCCUACAGCAAAGGAAAAGGGGAUUUUGCACGGAAGAUGGACAGUUUUGUAAACCCCUUGAGGAACUCCAUGAGAAAUGUUUCUAAUGCAGUCAAAGCCUUUCCAGAUAGCCUGACAGAGGGAAUGACAAAAGUGUCUGAUAAUAUGGGCAAAAUAUCUGAGCGAAUAGGGCAAGACUUGAAACAAUCAUUUAAGGUCCUUCCAUUAAUACCAAAGAAUGAUGAAGACUUUGAUAACUAUCGAGUCUCAGCACAGGUGGUGGAGAAUGUGGAUGACAACAUUCCUCUUCGAGUCAUGCUUUUGCUCAUGGAUGAGGUGUUUGACCUCAAGGAACGAAACCAGUGGUUACGAAGAAAUAUCAAAAAUUUGCUUCAGCAGCUCAUCCGAGCUACUCAUGGAGAUGCAAUCAACAGAAAAAUUGUGGACCACAUAGACUGGAUGAUAUCUCCUGAACAGAUGGCAGAAAACGUGAAAAGAUUCAGGGAUGCAUUUUGGCCCAAUGGUAUCCUGGCAGAGAAGGCACCAAACAGGAAUCAGGACAUAAGAAUGAGAACAAGAGUAUCUUCAAAGACCAAAUUACUACAGAUAAUGCCAGAUGAAUUGAAACAUAUAAUUGGUGCGGAAACAACAAGAAAGGGGAUUCUGAGAGUAUUUGAAAUGUUUCAGCACAACCAGUUAAACAGAAGACUGAUUUAUGUCUUUUUAGAAGGCUUUUUGGAAACCCUUUUCCCCCAGUACAAAUUUCAUGAGCUUUUUAUUAAACUGCAUUCAAGAUCUGAACGGAUUCAAAAAUACAAACAGCUAAAGUCUACACAAGCUCUUUCCUUGCAAAAAGGUGACACUCCAAACUUCUACACUCCUCAUUAAGAAUAUUGUGUUUUUGUCCAGGACUAAAUGCUGCUUGGGCAGAUUCUCUGAGAGGCUUCAGACUCAUCGUUUUUCUACACCAGCCUCUUACCGUCGCACUUUUGGAACACUGUCAUUCUAGAGAAGACCUGUGAUUCUACUCACAUCCGCCCUUCAACACAACCACUAUUGUGAUGAGCUUGUGUGUCUUUGUUCAGUUUCUAGCAAAUAUUUGUCCACCAUUAAGCAAAGAAAAUUCAAGUGUAUGUUUUCUGUAUAGCUUAAUUUAAGCUUGAAGAAUAGGAUGGAUUCUGAGUGGAAAAUCCUUGAAUUGCCUCCAGUGGAAAGAAACAAGGGGUCACAUUUGCUAAGGGCAAGAUUUAAGCACAAUUAUAGAAACUUAAUGACGGUUUCAAGAGUUUAUUGAAAUGUAGUGAUCAGAGGGUUGUGCAUUUCUGGAUACAAGUGUGGUUCGUCUGUGUGUCUGCUUGAGUGUGUUUAUAGAGUAUGUAUGAAUGUGUGGUUUGUGAACAUGUGCUUUCUUCACCUUUUUUGGAGGAGGAAAGAUGGUUAAAUUUCUUAAAUGAAAGACCUUGUAGGUCUGGAAAAUCAUUUCUGAACAAGAUAAGUGGCAGGAAACUAGAUAUUUGGGUCAACAGUCUUGGUUAAAAGAAAAUAUAGCGUGUCUGACAGUGACCUUUUUCUGUGUGCUGUGGUCCCUGAAAAUACAGAGUCUGGCCUACUACCUGUGCUUCACAUAGUUUGAGAAGCAGUGCAAGUUUCUGAGCCAGGGCUUAAGUGGAAUAUGGGAUCGUCAGGUGCUUUCUUCUGGAAUGUUAGAUGAAAGCUUUACAUUCCAACAAAUCAGUUUUACCCACUCUUUACUGAAUGUAAUUUUUAAUUUUUUUCUCAUAUUCAUCCAUGUUGACUUGCCUUGCAAAUUUACUGCAUUGAUGUGAACCAUUUUUAACAUGUUACAACUACCUUUAUUAAAAUGUAGUUGCAUACAGCAAAAAUAUAGGUUACCAUAUUUGACUUUUAAAUGAAGGUAUUCUGUUAUGUAGCCUAAUUCACUAAUUUUAGUGCUAGUGUGAAAUGAACAGAAUAUGUUAUCAGUGAAAAUGGUAUAAAUAUAUACAGUGUGUGUUGUUGCCAGUAGAUUGAAGUGCAAACUAUUCUCUGAUCUUGGCAGAAAGAAGGUAGGCCAAAGUGUAAGUAGUUCUCAGCGUCACUAUGGUGGGAGUAGAAAACUGAAGUGCUGACUACUGAGUAAGGCGCAGUAUUGGCAACCUAAAUAUUCAUUUAUAGUUAUACUUCCUGUAUUUUUUUAAACAGGACAACUGCUGUACUACUGAUUUUUGUUAAAAGUACCAAUGUUGGGUCUCUUAUGGUAAACAUAUACAUUUGCCUGCAACUCUGGUUCUAGGAUGCAUUUCAUCCUGACAUUCUGUAGCAAGGUUAGGUAAUGCAUAUCCACAGUACAUGUUUAUUAGUGGCAGAAACUGUUUACUUUGAAAAUGUCUGUUCACUCAGUGUGAUAUAUGUUGUGCUGGGACAGUAUCUGGGGUAGGAUAGGCAGUAGACACUUUGGCAUAAAUAGGACAGACAUGUUUAGAGUCAAAGCACUUUUAAAUAAAACAUGAUGUCAUUGUAAAACAUGCUGUUGUGUGUGCGGCAGAAUGCAAAUCUAACCACUUUUAUGACUGAAGAACUACUCUGCUGUUAGGGCUUCACCUAGAAGUGGGCACUUUUCAACAGAUUAGUCUUUUCUUCACAAAUGCUUCCCAGAAAACAUGCAUACUUUUUUGUUUAUCUUUUGCAUUCAGCACUUUAGAGCUAAUACUUUGUGUAGCUCGUUUUAGCUUUUUUAUUAACACCAAAGCACUAACUUUGUAGUGAAUAAGGCCUACUCUGCAUUAUUGUAUAUAUGUUCAUUUAAAAAUGUUGAUUUUAUUUGAUUGUAGAGCAGGGCUGUAGAGCAACAUAUUGUGCUUUUAAAUGGUUUAUGUUUUCCCAUUUUAGUUUCUAAUAGUACCAUCAAGUUUACUACCAUAAUCUUUAGGGGUUACUGACUCAAAUGUUAGUUUUGAUUGUAUAAUAGCUUGUUACUAAUGUGGUCGAAUGCCAUCAACAGAAAUCAUUUCAGGGCUGUCAGAGACAGUAAAUGUGCCAUUUUCAAAUAAAAAUGCACUUCAUUUUAGCCUUAAACAUUCUCUUUUGAGUAUAAAAACAUUGUUUUUGUAUUAGACUUUUAAUAGGUGUGUGUGUGUGUGUGUGUGUGUG